AUGGUCGUGAGUGCUGCCAAGAAAGCCGAAGGGGCAGCCGGUCGCCCCAAGUACAGCGAGAUGGUCGCCUCCGCCAUCACAGCCUUGAAGGAGCGGAGUGGUUCUUCCCGUCAGGCGAUCCUCAAGUACGUCCUGACCUUCUACGGGGUCGAGGACGAGAAGAAAGCAGGCGUUCAUGUCCGGCUGGCGCUGAAGAAGGGCGUAGCCGGCGGGUCUCUUGUCCAGGUGAAGGGGACGGGGGCCUCUGGCUCUUUCAAGCUAGCUAAGAUUGAAGGCAAGGCGGAGGGAAGGAAACCCGCUGCGAGUAAAGGCGGGAGCAAAGCGAAGAAACCGGUCGCGAAGAAGACCACUGUCAAGAAACUGGCCGACAAAAAGACCUCAGCGAAGAAAAUAUCCGCCAAAAAGAUCACAGCCAAAAAAGACGUGACGAAGAAAUCCAGUACGAAGAAGGAAUCACUGAAGAAAAACACAAAGGAAAAGGUUUCAACAAAGAAAGCCACAGCCAAGAAACCGACGACGAAGAAAACCGCGCUCAAGCAGCCAACCACUAAGAAAAUGACCAAGAAAACCGGGAAAUCUCGUCCCUCAGCGACCUCGUUUAAGCUCCAAGGGGCCCUGAAGGAGCGCAACGGGUUCUCCCGCCAAGCCAUCCUCAGGUUCAUCCUCGCUUCCUUCCAGGAAGGCGCUGGGGAGGGGCGUUACCGGUGGGUCCCUGCAGCAGACCAAGGGCACCGGCGCCUCCGGCUCCUUCAGGCUCUCCAGGAUUAG